AUGGCACCGGCGAUGAACUACUGGAUGUGCUUGGUUGCUCUGUCGUCCAGCUUGACCUGCACCCACGCGUUGAGAAGAGUCUCCCUGAAGAAGAUGCCCUCCAUCAGAGAGACGCUGAGCGAGAUGGGAGUUUCUGCAGAGCAGGUCUUGACUGAGUUGGCCCAGAAGAGCGGAGACGACCACCAGUACAAGAACGGGACUGUUCCCACUACUCUGACCAACUACUUGGACACUCAGUACUUUGGGGAGAUCAGCAUCGGCUCCCCGGCCCAGAUGUUCAACGUGGUGUUUGACACCGGCUCCGCAAACCUGUGGGUGCCUUCGCAAAGCUGCUCACCUUUCUCCACUGCCUGCUUUACCCACAACAGGUACGACGCCUCCAAGUCUCGCACUUACAUCGAGAACGGAACGGGGUUUUCCAUCCAGUACGCCUCCGGGAAUGUCCGGGGGUUUCUGAGCGAGGACGUGGUCGUGGUCGGAGGUAUUCCGGUGGUGCAGGUGUUCGCCGAGGCAGCCUCUCUGUCGGCGAUGCCUUUCAUCUUUGCCAAAUUCGACGGAGUGAUGGGGAUGGGUUACCCCAACGUGGCCAUCGAUGGCAUCACUCCGGUGUUCGACCGCAUCAUGUCUCAGCACGUCCUCAAGGAGGAGGUGUUCUCCGUCUACUACAGCAGGGACCCGAAACACUCUCCCGGCGGAGAGCUGGUCCUCGGCGGCACCGACCCAAACUACUACACCGGAAACUUUAAUUAUUUGGACACCAGACAGACGGGCAAAUGGGAAGUUACCAUGAAAGGAGUUUCCGUGGGGAUGGAGAUGCAUUUCUGCGCCGAGGGAUGCACAGCUGUGAUCGACACCGGCUCCUCCUACAUCACAGGCCCCGCCUCCUCGGUGUCGGCACUGAUGAAAACCAUCGGAGCACAGCUGGAUGAAAGCGGAUACAAAGUCAACUGUGACUCCGUCAAGUCGUUGCCCAGCGUCACC